GUCAGCCCCUGGAAUACUUGUCGCUAACGUAUACAAUAUUAUGUCACUGCUAGUAUUAGCUACUACGUGGGGAUUCUGGUGGGUGUGCACGUUUUCAGAUCAAACACCAUGAUGCUGUCCUGAUGGUGAUGCAUAGUAUGAUGGUUUUCCGCUAAUAAAAAGAGAAGUUGCAGCCUCCGUCGGCAGCCACUUCGAACUUCUUACUUUCUGCGCACUCUCUAUUCGCCAUGGAAAAGCCCUCGACAAUGUUGAUUGAGCAGUUACAAAGCGUCCACGCCCGUCAACGGAAGGUUAUUCAACAACUUCACGCAGAUAAUGCUAGAUUGCUCAGCGAUCUCGUUGAAAUUCGUCGGGAGAGAGAUGAUUUCCGAGCGGAGGCUGCGAAGCUUCGCAGGGAGCAGGCAGACCUGCACAACCGACUGGAUGAAACGCUAUCGGAGAAUCAAGAUUUGAAGCGCGAGCGUCUCACUCUUUCUCGCGCAUUCAGCAAUGCGUCUUCUUUUGGACGGCCAUCAAAAUCUAAUAAUAAGGCGAUGCAUAUCUUAUCAGCGUUGGCAGGAGAAGAGGUGAAGAGUCCAUCUCUUGAUUAUAGCACAGUCAGUCAUCGAGUCGUUACCAUCGAAGCAUGAUUCCAUUUCUUUUCGCAGGGGAUGACCCACGACAGUCAGAACUCAUAUUCAAGCCGUGAGUUGCCAGAGCCUGUCACAACGGACGAGUCUCGAAUAG